CGUCCUCUCAGCAAAGACAGACGUCGUCUCAGCCAGCAACUGCAUCUUCCUCACUUUAAGGCUCAACUUUCAUUGGUCAUAGAGGUUGGCCACUGAAAUGGAAGAGGGUCCCCCUGAGAGAACAGGGGAAAAUGAAGGGAAAGGGGAGAGCCUUGGAGAAGGUGUCUUCCGUUCAGAGUCAGUGACCAAUGAGUGCUGAGCUUUAAUCACUACAACUUGUUAAAGCUGUAGGAUGCAGCACGCCUUCUACUUCUACUUCAUGUGUCAGUGCAGCAUCUGCAGAACGCGCAGCAUUUGUAGAAUAUCUGCAUUCGCGGAGAUGUUCCCACGAGUUCUACAAUGCACAAGCGAACGACACAGCAGCUGUGAGAGAUGAGUGUCACUUGGCUGAGGACAUCUUGAACAGUUUUGGUUGUCCGGAUCGGAAAGACAUCGCUGCGUUUAUGCGAGAGUUACGCGCUUUGAAGGCAGACUUCAUUAAGGCUUGGGAGUUGCCAUCUCUUUCUCUAUGCGCGUCUCUAUGUCUUCUUCAAGUAGGAAAGCCACAGAUAUGCGAGCUAGAGAUGCCAACUUUCAACCCCUAACUUCAGUGAUCCUAAUCUCGAUGCCUUGUUAGAGUGGGGAGAAGACAAGAACAAGAAGCGACAGCUGGAGCGAGCACCAACCGAAACCCCAAGGGAUGAACGCGAUAUGAUGCGACAGAGCUGCACGCACGUCAAAAACAACGAGGCACUGCACCAUGAGAUGUGCAAAGUUUUCAGAAACGCACUCCAAAACAUCGUAUCGCGAAUGAGUGAGACCUUCACAGCACCUCAACAGCAACAGGCACCAACGGUGCAACUGAGACAAGCGGAGUCUUCGUCGUCCAUAAACUCGUCACUAGUUGCCGGCCCUUCACCUUCUUCGAAGACUUCUAGCACAGGAACUAUCAUGCGGCGUAGUGGAACUUUGAAGAGGCAGCAUGCCAUCGUAGGAGAGGC